AUGACAGGAGGACUGUGUGCCCCACUGGAACAGGAUCAGAUUACUGAACACAUAUGGUUGUGGUCACAGAUCCCAGUGUUCAAAGGCGCAGACAGACCUCUCCUGGGGGACAGCAUCGAUGCCGGACACUUCCAUGGAGAGGACGGUUUGGGAGACGCUCCGGACUCUAACGCUCCCACUCUGGAUCUGCUUCAGGAACAAGGAGCUGUUCCCGCCAUGAUCAGGAUAGUGAAUGAAAACCCAGGAGAGGUGUCUCUGGUUGCCACGGGUCCCCUGACUAACUUGGCUCUGGCUGUGAGGUUGGACCCGUCUCUGCCGAGCAAACUGCGAGGGCUCUACAUCAUGGGGGGCAACACGGAGUCUCGAGGAAACACCACAGUAUGCGGCGAGUUUAACUUCACAGCUGAUCCUGAAGCUGCAUACAUCGUCCUGAAGGAUUAUCAGUGUCCCACAUACUUGGCCUGCUGGGAGUUUACCUGCUACAACAAGCUAUCCUGGGACUUCUGUGAGACCUGGUUGGCUCAGGACAGCCACAAAGCUCGCUUCAUGGAGACCAUCUUUCGCCACAGCAUUCAGGCAUCCCAAACCGAACGCUUCGAGAAGGAGGUGGUGGCCGGCACGGGCUUCAUUUCCUGUGACUCCUACGCCAUGGCGGCCGCCGUGGAUGAUUCCUUCAUCAUUGAGAGCGACUGUUACCCCGUCAGCGUGGAGCUGACAGGAACUCACACCAGAGGCAUGAUGGUGGUGGACACGCUGGGCUUUCUGAAGAAGAGCCACACGGCUUUUAUCAUGAAGAAGGUGGACAUGGAGAAGUUCAAGCAGAUGAUGAUGGCUGCUCUGAAAUAACAGCUGAAGUUCAGGACGAUUGAUGUAACUCAGAAGAAAAUGUAGAUUUUACGUAAUUAAACUUGUCACUUUGGAUAAAUCUUUUGAAUUAAAAACUUUAGACUUAAA